AUUGGUUGGACUAGCUACAAGAAUUUUUAACCACGCAGGAUGUCGUUCUACACUCUCGCCGUGUACUGCGCUACCGUAUUUGUGCUUGUCGCAGCUCAGGAUCUCGAGCUUCCGGUACAGACUUGCAAGCGGGAUGCGUCUGAUUAUACAUCUUGCCUCAGACUUGCGAUGCAAGAAGCAUGGCCAACUUUCAUCGCAGGUAUACCGGAAUUAGAUGUGCCACCUCUGGAUCCGUAUUUUCUUGAAUAUCAAAAUACCGUAUAUGAAACCGGUGACUUGCGUGCAGACAUAACAGUCAAAAAUGUUAAUAUCUAUGGACUUGCAAAGAUUAAUUUCUUGGCUGUGAGGCCGCAUCAUUCUGAUGAUUCUUUCCAUUUAGAAGUCGAUCUUGAGUUACCAAAAAUGCUUAUAGAGGGUAAUUUCAAGGCGGAAGGAGCUUACGGAGUGUUAACAAUUGGUGGCGAAGGAUUUUUCAAUAUUAGUCUAGAAGAUAUAAAAGACACAUGGUCGAUAGAAGGACCUGUAGCAAGCGAUAGAUGGACGAUCGAACAUUUCCGUCUAAAUCCGGAAAUUGGAAAGAUGGAAGUCUGGUUUAGUGAUAUGUUCAAUGGCAACGAGCAACUCAACAGCAUGGCUCUGAAAUUUAUAAACGAGAAUUGGCCGUCGUUGUACCGAGAGAUGUUGCCAUUCUUGUCGCAAAAUUUGGAUAAUUAUCUCACCGAAACUGCUAAUCGCCUAAUGUCAAAGAUCUCCUUUUCAAAGACGUUCCCUUGAGGGCCUCGAAGACUAUUUCUCGUGCCAAGGCACGUACAGCUUAGUUAAAAUAUAAUCGAAAAUGCACCGUUUUUAAAGUAGCGGAUACUUUAGCCGACUGCUCGAAACCAACGCGGAGGAUGCAGAGUCUCUCUCUCUUUCUUUAGAUUCUGCAAACAUCCCGUGAUAAUUUUUGUUUCUCAUCGUAACGUGAUAGUGUUAGAAUGAAUUUGCAAAUCGAACGUCGACAUGCGUGUGAAUAAUAUGACAGUGGCGAGUUUAUUGUAUAACUAUGUGUAUAACGUGUAAACGAAAUAGAUUACUUUAUUGUUAUUAUUA